GCUGAGGCAAGGCAUCCCAUUUACACUUUGAAGAUACGGGAGUAAGUUCUCUGGCUCAUACUGACUAGUGUCCUCCUGUGGGUGUGAAUCUCCGUUGUCAUGGGUGCAUUUCGGUUCUGGCGGAAUAUUGCGCGUUUGCUUUCGCAACAGCAAGGUUUUGCAAGUCAUGCAAGAGUUGCACACUGUACUGGACUCCGGCCCCCGGAGAGAGAAAGAGGCCGUCGACGUCAGCACGUGCACUUUGCCCAGCAGACACACCAAAUUGCUGCUAGCGUCGGAGAAAGCGCAACGCUGACUUUCUCAGCACUACAGCUGCCUGAUGCAGCACCUGACGCAUUGGACUGUAAAUCAGAUCAGCACACAAAAUUGUUUCCAGAUUGGAUCCUCAAUGAAGUGCCUGAUACAUUGAAGUGCAAAUCAAGUCAGCACACAAGAAACUUGUUUCCAGAUUUUGAGUUUCCCUAUCUCCAACGUCUGCACAGACAGUUGAGCUGCCAGCAUUGCGUAGUACAUCGAUGA